AUGCCGUCGUCUGUCAUUCAACAGCACAGCCAUGCCACAGAUCCUUCAAGUAGCAUCUCUAGGAGAAAGAAGUGCACCGAUGACAUGGUAUGGUUCAUCCACCUGCCUAUGCGCCAGGCCGCCAAGGCACUUGGCAUGUCCUGCGCGACGAUCCAAAGGACUUGUCGCAGCAACGGCAUCCAGCGAUGGCCUUCUAGGAAGAUUGGUGCUUUGGACCGCAAGAUUUUAAAGCUGGAGAAGAACAUGUUCCUCCCAAGAGACCGUGUAAAGAGAACCAAGAUGCUGGAUGAAUGGAAAAGGUUGAGCCGUGAAAGGAUGGAUAUCUACUGCAACUUCAUGUCGUUGAUAUAA